AGAGUGGUGGCUGUUGCACUUUCCAUAAGUGUCUCUUUUUAUAAUUAAGCCGGAGUCUAUGAGUCUAUGAGUCUGUGCACAGACCAGCUCAGGCUGAGCUGCACUGUAGUAGGCUGUACUUGGCUGGACAGUGCUGGACUGGGCUGGACUGGGCUGUACUGGGCUGUACCGGGUUAAGGUAGAGCACAGUAUUGCAGCAGCAGAAACAGCAGCUCUGUAAUGGAUGAAAGUGGAGGUGGUAGUAUAUUGCAUGAUUUGCUGGACUGACUGGACUGACUGAACUGACUGGACUGUGGAAUAGAGGCAGUGGAUUGAAUGAGGGGUGUUAUUCCAACACAGAAGAACUCAAUACCCUAGGAAGGGAGAACCCCAGACAUUUCCAGGCGAAGUCCAGGUACGGACCCCCCCCCCUAUACACACACACACACACACACACACACACACACACCACAAGAGAAACCGGCCGGUCCCCUGUGAGCCCUGAGUGGCAUAGCGAUGGACAGCUGGACCCUCCAGGGGGACAGCUACUCAUUCCUCCGCAGCUCCCUGCGCCACCGCGACGGAACCCCAAACCACGUGGAGAUCUUCGACAUCACCAACAUCCCCAGCCACCGCUCAGCCAUCUCUGAGACCACCUGCCUCUGUGACAUCUUCGGGGACGACUGCGAGUCGCGGCCUCCUUCACUCUCCAGCAGCCCCGCGGCAGGGGCCUUCGUCAACACUCCCUUUCCCCCUCCCGUAGGAGCAGGGGAGAGCUCAGAGUCGCCCCAAGUGUCACCCCCUGUGGUAGAUGAGCUGAACGACUCGACAAGUUCCUACCACACAGUGCCAGAGAACUUUGAGGAUUCUAGAGAGAAGCUCAGUCCUCCAACACAGAGGGAGAAUAAUUGUCAUUUAUCUGAAGGCUGGAAGUCAGGACCUUUAGCUACUGCAGGAAACAACACAGCAUCAUCGGGGACGUCUAGGGACGUCAGCACAAGAUUAGAACAAGGAAACACAGCUCCAACACCUGGACGGAGGACAGCUGACUCCUCACCUGAGGAACCUAGCCUUACCUGUGGAGACAGAACGCCCUCACCUGGCUACAGUAAUACUACAACACCUUCACCUGGCUACAGUAAUACUACAACACCUUCACCUGGCUACAGUAAUACUACAACACCUUCACCUGGCUACAGUAAUACUACAACACCUUCACCUGACGGUAAAGGUUCAGCCCCAUCGGUGGUCCAGCGUUCACCUGCCCCCUCACCACAGUGUAGGGAAACCCACCUGACACCUGAACCAGAGAAUAGAUACUCCAGCCCCUCAUCUGAAUCCGUGGUCCCUGUGCAUCCUAUUGAGGCCAGAGACAGAGCCUCCUCACCUGGAGUCAGAGGCACAGCCUCCUCACCUGACGAUACAAGUCUGUCUUUACCUGAGACCAGAGUAGCUCAGUGUUUACCUGAACUAAGGGACAUCAGCCACUCACCUGAGUUAAUAGCCAACCCUUUUUCACCUGAUUACAUAGUGUCAUUUCAACCUAGGGAUAGAGCCAUAACACCUGAGUCUAAACCUUCAUCACUUUCAUCCCCACCUACGAUUAGAGGUACAGGUAUCUCCCCUCAGCUAGGAAGCCUCACCUCAGCAUUACCUGAGCUAAAGAAUAGAGAUUAUUCACCUGAGUUUAGGAAUAAAGCAUACUCACUGGACAAUCAAUGGAGAGUGUCCUUACCUGACCUGUUCAGCAGAACCUCCACACCUGAGUUAGAGAACUCCAUCAGUACACCUGAGUUAGAGAACUCCGUCAGUACACCUGAGUUAGAGAACUCUGUCGGUACACCUGAACUCAUACCUCACCUGUCCCCUUCAGAGAGAGACCUGAGCUCCUCAGAGGAAGCCAGGAGCACCAUCUCAACACCUGCCCCAAGGUACACCCCUCCUACACCUGUCACCUCCUCACCUGAGCUCAGGUCUACCAGUACCACACCUGGACUCAGAUCAGCCAGCAUCACACUUGAAUUGAGAUCAACCAGUGUAAAACCUGAACUCAGUCUGCUCUGUGUCCCAACUGAACUCAGGUCAACCAGUGUCACAACUGAAGUCAGUUUAGCCAGUAUCCCACAAAGUGCUGAACUACUCAGGUCAACGAGUCUCACACCUGAAUUCAGAUCAGAUUCAUCCUCCUCAACUAGCUCAUACCACUCAGGUUCCUCCUCAUCCUCAGACACCUGGACAAGAACGUCCUCGAGAACCCCCUCAAGAACCCCCUCACCUGAAACACGCUAUAAUAGAACCCCAUCAAGAACCACCUCACCUGAAACACGUUACAAUAGAACCCCAUCAAGAACCAACUCACCUGAAACACGUUACAAUAGAACCCCAUCAAGAACCCCCUCACCUGAAACACAUUACAAUAGAACCCCAUCAAGAACACCCUCACCUGAAACACGCUAUAAUAGAACCCCAUCAAGAACCCCCUCACCUGAAACACGUUACAAUAGAACCCCAUCAAGAACCCCCUCACCUGAAACACGUUACAAUAGAACCCCAUCAAGAACCCCUUCACCUGAAGUAAGGUACACCAGCCCUCUUAUAAAACCCAGGAGCACAGCGCAAUCACCUGAGAUCAGAAUCACAUCCUCCACACCAGAGAUCAAGAAAAGAGACCUCACACCUGAGGUACCUGGAGAGGUAAAGGCCAAGUCCCUGGACCCUCGGUUCAACUCCUCCUCCCCCCAGGUCUCAGGUAUCACCUACUCCAUCCUCUCCCCAGAAGCCAGGGUGCUGGUGUCAACAUCUGAGAUCAACAAUCUCCUCUCCUCAGCUCAGCCACGAGGCAGAACACACCUGUCACCUGAGAGGAAGAGCACCACCCCUACCGAAGAGAACAGACGGAACAGUCUCUCACCUGACUCUAUAGGUAGAGGCUCCUCACCUGGAAGCAGAGGUAGCAACUCCUCACCUGAGAUUACAGGGAUAUACAGCUCUAUCACACAUCCUCCUGAGACUAGAGAAAUAGCUGAAUCACCUGAGCCACCCAGAUAUAAAAACCUCUCACCUGAGUAUAAAGCCCCCUCACCUCCUAAGAGUCAAACUGUCUCACCUUAUCCAACAUAUAAAACCCCCUCACCUCUGCCCAGGUACACAGCCCCCUCACCUGGAGUGGAAACUUCUUGCUCCUCAUCUGAGCUAAACACUUCAGCCCCCUCACCUGGAGUAAAGAGUCCUGGCCCCUCACCUGAACGCAGGGCUUCACCUGGAGUAAAGAAUCCUGCCCACUCACCUGAACGCAGGGCUUCGCCUGGAGUAAAGAAUCCUGCCCACUCACCUGAACGCAGGGCUUCGCCUGGAGUAAAGAAUCCUGCCCACUCACCUGAACGCAGGGCUUCGCCUGGCUCACCUGGAGUAAAAAAUCCUGCCCACUCACCUGAACGCAGGGCUUCACCUGGAGUAAAGAAUCCUGCCCACUCACCUGAACGCAGGGCUUCACCUGGCUCACCUGGAGUAAAGAAUCCUGCCCACUCACCUGAACGCAGGGCUUCACCUGGAGUAAAGAAUCCUGCCCACUCACCUGAACGCAGGGCUUCACCUGGCUCACCUGGAGUAAAGAAUCCUGCCCACUCACCUGAACGCAGGGCUUCACCUGGAGUAAAGAAUCCUGCCCACUCACCUGAACGCAGGGCUUCACCUGGCUCACCUGGAGUAAAGAAUCCUGCCCACUCACCUGAACGCAGGUCUUCACCUGGCUCACCUGGAGUAAAGAAUCCUGCCCACUCACCUGAAGGCAGGGCUUCACCUGGCUCACCUGGAGUAAAGAAUCCUGCCCACUCACCUGAACGCAGGGCUUCACCUGGCUCACCUGGAGUAAAGAAUCCUGCCCACUCACCUGAACGCAGGGCUUCACCUGGCUCACCUGAGAGGUGUAUUGGUAGCCUAUCAGAGCGACUCAUCACUAACGGCACCUCAAACCCCUUGGGUAAUCAUCUUUCUCACGACUCCAGGGAAGCAUCACCUACUGAAGAGAGUAGAGAUACCACCUCUUCACCUGUAAUAGGAGAAGUUCCAGUCCCCUACAACUUCUCUACCCACACACCUGAGAUCCCUAACUUCACACCUGAGAUCAUAAAAUUCACACCUGAGAUCCCUAACUUCACACCUGAGAUCCUAAACUUCACACCUGAGAUCCUAAACUUCACACCUGAGAUCCUAAACUUCACACCUGAAAUCAGAAACUUCACACCUGAAACCAGACACAUCCCACCUGAACCCACUGCUUCUUCAAGAGGAAGGAGCCCCUCCCUUUCACCUGACCACGGGGUUACAGGUAACUCACCUGUCCAGAGACUGGAAGAUCUGGAGCAUAAACAUCCAGCCUCAUCUCUAACCCCUGACCUUAGUGACAGCAACAACCCCUCACACAAGUCUCCUACACCUGAGCACCCAUGUAGAGAAACCUCACCCAACCCUAGGAAUAAAACCAUAGAUAGGCUAACUGAAGAAGACAUGGCUCAUCGUAUGAGUAAGGAAGACAUCCCUUCUCCUCCCCUCACCAGGUUCACUCCAGUACACAUCAUACCCCCGGCCCCAGCGAGGCCUCACGGCCACUGGGGAAACAGGAGUACCAGUCCCUCUGAGACCCAGGCCAUUGAGGCCAUAAUGGAGUCUGAGAACAUAAUGGAGUCUGUUAUAGAAGCUGUGACAUCCAGGGGAAGCCCCACUCUUUCCUCUGGUGACAGCAACAACAGGGCCUACAACAGCCAAACACGCCUGGAAAUGUUGGAGAGGGAGGAGGAGGAGGAGGAGGAGGAGGAGGAGGAGGAGGAGGAGGGGGAGAGGGAGAGGGAGAGAGAGGAAAGGGAGAGGGAGAGAAAGGAAAGGGAGAGACAGCGAGAGGAAGAAAGGGAGAGGGCAAUGGGGAGGGAGAGAGAAAGGGAGAGUGAGACACAGGGGGAGGAGCGGGUGGCCCGAAAGGGGGAGGGGAAGCAGGAGGAAGCCAGUUACAAGGGGGAACAGGUUGACCUGUCAUUCAGUGCCAGGAAUAGAAACGGGCCUGCAAGCCACGAAGCAGCUCCCACAAGCAGAGAGAGUCGACAGGGAAUGCCAGCAGCGCGCUCCUAUUCAGAGAGCCUGCUCACCACCAGACUACAACAGAUACAACAGCUACAACAGCAACAACACGGUAUACUGCACAGAGCUGCACACAGCUCCCAGCCAGAGACAGCCAGAGGAGGUGGACCUGGACCUACCAAGAAGUUGCAGCAAGAGCCCAAGCACAAGCCUGCGAUACCUCAGCUCGGGAGCUCCUUUUCUGGACGCAUCUCAGCCGACGGCCCCAGCUCCAGCAUGGGCAGUGAGCUGGAUGAGGAGGACAACGAGGUGAAGUGGUUCAGUGACGUGGCCUUCCGCAGCCUGUCCUCUGGAUCCCCUCAGGUGGACUACCUGGACAUGUACAACUCCAGCCACCGCUCCUCCACCGGAGCCUCCCAGCCCUCCACCCAGGACAGCCCAGCGGGGGCUAAUGCAGCCUGGCUGGCCUAUGCUGACCUCAGAGGGUCUGCUCCACGGCUGGACAAUGAAGACUUCCCAGUCCCACGCCAGCAGCAGCAGCCCUCCUCUGGAGCUUAUUAUCCACCUCUCGACGGCCUGGACCCAUCCCAAAAAUAUGAGAUGGGCAGCUUUGAGUGUGUAGACGUGGCUGUGGAGAGAGAGGAACCCAAGAAGGUGAGGAGAGGAGUGCCCAAGAGACAGAUCCAGCUGAAGAGAAGGAAUAAGCCCGAGCUGAAGCUGGGUGAGAACAGCGAUGGUAGUCCCAUCAUGGUUCCUAGUCCUGUAAUGGUUCCUGUGGCUCCUGUGGUUACAAAGGACAGUCCUUCUCUACAGAGACACAACAGAGAGACGUUGCAGAGACAACACAGCACACCUGCUGCUUUGCAGGAAGCCUACCGCCCGGAACUCAGCCCUGAACCUGCCACUGAGCAGACCGAAAGGAAGGGCAAGCUCCAGAAGUCUUUGUCCCUUGCCGAGACAUGUACCAAAACCAAGAUGGCCACUUGCCUGAUCAAGGGCAUCCUUUCCAAGAAGAUGCCAAAUGUUGGUAAACAAACCGAACAGGAAGGAGAAGGUGACCUCAGCCCAUCCGAGAACAAAACCCCUCCUCCUUCUGAGAGUGAAUUGUCAACCAUUAAAGAGUCCCCUAAACCAGAGACACAGAAUCUGAGUUCCAGUAUAAAUUCAGAAGACAGUCUUUCCUCUGAGGACCUGGCUGUGAGAAGAGAGACGAGCCCAAACACUGACGUAAACAGACAACAGAGAAGUUUCGGGGUGAAACCCAGUAUUAGACCAACAAACCGUACUAUUAAUAUUAACUCCAACAAGAGACCUGAACCAACCUGCACAACCCCUGAGAUGAGUCCUGGUGCACGUUUUGCUCCAGUUACCUCUCCUCAGGGAAACAAUAUAAUUGAAUCUCACUGCAACAGAACCCCUAACCAUGUUAGCCCUUGGAUGAGGUCUGAGCCCCCUACUACUAGUUGUCCUCAGAGAAACAAUGACAGAAUUGAAUCUCCUGUCAGAAACCCAAACUCUUGGAGAACUGAACCGGUCAAACCAGAGAUGAGGUCUGAACUGGUGUUCCCGUUUGAAAGUACAAAACCCACAGAGAAGAACGCCAUGAUGGGAGUAAAGCAGACGCAUGGCAGUAAAUGUAGGAAUGAGAGGGAUGACAGUAAACAGAGGGAUGAGAAGGAUGACAAACAGGGAGGUGACUCAGCAGAUGCAGCUGCCUGGAAAACCGACGUCCCUGCUGCCACUCGAGCCAACAGCACGCAGGCAGGAAUGACAAACAUAAAAACUCUGAACUCUGAAAACCAUAAACAUCCGAGCGUCAAGAGCACCUACACAUCCAAAACACCAGAGAUCACUCUGAAACCCAGCCCUGCUACAGAGAAAAAUAAAAAAUAUUCUCUAAACGUCUCACUGUCGCCCGAGCUGGAAACUAAACUUGAGGUUAAACACGAGACUGCCUCCCCUGGGAGGACCUGUAAGAGAGAAACAAGAGAAGAAGACAGGAGAGUGGAGACUUCACAUAGAGAAACCAGAGAAGAAGACAGGAGAGUGGAGACUUCAAAUAGAGAAUCCAGAGAAGAAGACAGGAGGAUAGGGACUUCACAUAGAGAAUCCAGAGAAGAAGACAGGAGGAUAGGGACUUCACAUAGAGAAUCCAGAGAAGAAGACAGGAGAGUGGAGACUUCAAAUAGAGAAUCCAGAGAAGAAGACAGGAGGAUAGGGACUUCACAUAGAGAAUCCAGAGAAGAAGACAGGAGGAUAGGGACUUCACAUAGAGAAUCCAGAGAAGAAGACAGGAGGAUAGGGACUUCACAUAGAGAAUCCAGAGAAGAAGACAGGAGGAUAGGGACUUCACAUAGAGAAAAAAGAGAAGAAUACAGGAGAGUGGAGACUUCUCAUAGAGAAACCAUAGAAGAAGAGAAGGGAGUGAAUACCUUGAACAAGAUGAAUAAACAGACUGAGAAUGUGGAUGCCAAUAGGAAGGGUAAAGCCAAAGCUCCCCUGCACAAAGUGAGAGAUGUGAGAAGGCUGGUGAAAAACACAUACAACCUGUCAUUCAAGGCCAUGCCAGCACCAGAGAAGGAGGAGAGGAGUGAGGAGAGUGUGGAGGAGAGGAGAGAGGAACGGGGAGAGGAAAGGGGGGAGGAUAGAAAAGAGGAGAGGAGGGAGGACAGAUGUGAAGACAGGAAAGAGGAAAAGCCGAUGCCUCAUCCUCAGCCAAUGCAGAUAGAAUACAAAGCUGUCAGCUGGAGAGAAAACAAAAACAAAACAGGAACGUUCAACCAAACAGACAGAGAAAUGUCUAGAGGCAAACCUAAGGUUGAUUCUUUACAGCAGGUGUCCACAGAUACAACCAAAGUACCCAAGGACCCUUCUGAUGUAACAGCUAAGAGUUGCACAACAGAGGAAGUAGCUGUGACAGAGACAGAGUUAAACCAACACAAUACCCCUGUACAGGACACUGUCAAAACAGAAACAGGCAACACCAAGGUGAAACCCAGUGAUACAGAGUCACCGAGAGUAACCAGGAGACACCGAAGUGUAUCAGAGUCUAGUGACAAACCUGAAGUGGUGAGAAGAGAUACAAAGCCACCUAUGCUGGGCAGCAGCCCUAAACUCCCCAUUAAAGACAAAGAAGUGUCUAGUGCUUCUCUGGUGCUACAGAAUGGAUCCAAUAAGCCCAAGUCAUUCUCAGCCUUAGCUCCAGCCUCCCCGGCCCUGGCGUCUCCGGCUCCCUCCUGCCCUACUCCAGCCUCUCCAGCCCUGGUCCCAGUCCCAGCCUCCCCAGCUCCUGCCUCAUCCCCAGCCCCAGCUCCAACCCCGGUCUCCUCACCUGGUCGCAAAGCUUCACCAGCUCCAGCUUCUCCUCCAGCCCCAACCUCAUCCCCAGCUCCAGUUCUAGGCACUCCACAUUCCUCUGUCCCCACCAAGAUCCCCACCCCUACCCCCAGCCACUCCGUGUCCAUACUGGUCAAGGAGAAGGGCUACCAGGCAGAUAUUGGGUCUGUGGUCUCUGAGGCUGUGUCAGAGGAGAUAAGAAGGAGUGGGGGUGAAGUUGGGGGUGGAGGGGUUCCAAGGAAACAUAUAAACCAAAUAGAGAUCCCUCUUCAGACCCGUGGACCCUCAGAUGGGGGUACGAGUGACUCACACAGACAGAGAACCUACUCGUCCUCGUCUACAUCCUCUAUGCAAGCAGCCUCAUCCGCAUUAUCCUCAAGCACUGUGCAAGCAGCCUCAUCCGUAUCAUCCUCAAGCACUGUGCAAGCAGCCUCAUCCAUAUCAUCCUCAAGCACUGUGCAAGCAGCCUCAUCCGUAUCAUCCUCAAGCACUGUGCAAGCAGCCUCAUCCGUAUCAUCCCCAAGCACUGCGCAAGAAUCGUCAUCCUUCUCCACGUCUUCCGUCAAUGCAUCAACCUCAGCCUCAUCCUUUUCGUCAUCUUCCAUCAAUGCAUCAGUCUCUUCCUCUCAUACCCAUUCGGUCCCAAAUUCUCCCAGGCUUCGAAGAGUCUCCGCUCAAACUGAUGACAGAGUUAGGACCACUUUUAAUCAGGAAAGGAUUAGUGUCAGAGCCACAGUCAGAGACAUAGAGCAACGCACGGUAUCAUCACCACCACCCCCACAGAAGAAAACACAAGAAGACACUGCUGAAAAGGAGACAGUGAAGAAAUCAUCCUACUCACCUAAGUUACCAGGUUCGCUACCAGGCUCACCAGCACUGAUGAGAAGAUACCGACCACAAGUGAUCGAGGUGAGGUCGUUGUCUAAAGAAAUACAUAAACAAGAUAAACAAGAGAAGACCGUCAGGUCAAGCACCAGACCGCAAACUAUAGAGGUUCACUCAAUAGCCAACGGCCCACCAGUGGCACCAAAACCAAAGUUCAGACAAACAGAUGCAAAUUCACUGUCCAGUGAAACACAGCAGAAACCAGCGGAGGCAACAUCAAGCUUCAAACAGCACAUAGAAGAGGAGAGAGCUGUGCCCAAUGAGAAACCAUCAACUUCAGCUACAACGAUCCACAGACAUCUAUCGAACGAUUCGACCCCAGCGUCUAACUAUAAUAAAAAGUUAUCAGUUUCUGCAGUGUCCAGCUACAGGCCUUCACCUACCAAAACAACAAUCAUCGCUAGUUUCUCUCACAAAACAGCAUCAACAACAGUAGACACAGAGACAUCCAAUGAAAGGCCAAAUCAACCAGGGGCUUCAACCCAGGGACAAGGACAGGCCCCCAGCUACACACAGAGACCCACAACCCUCACAGUCUCAGCCCCAGCUCCAGCUCCAGCCCCAGCUCCUACCCACGCCCCUGCCAAACACUCAAGCCAGUCAGCUAUUGUGGAUAUAACCAGCCACCCGCACAAUCUCAAAACAACAACAGUGUGCCCUCAGGAGCAAACUAUGCCGGUUACUUUCAACAAUACAAACCAACCUGCCACGGUAUCCACAAACACACAGGCCCCCGUAUACACACACCACAUACACACACAGCAGCCUAUACACAGAUCCUUGUCCAGCGACCACUCGCAGAGGGUAGACGACCUGCGCUUCUACGCAUCAGACGACCCCCCUAGCUACGAUGAGAGGGAAAGCUUCAGCCCCCUCCACCUACCUGACCUGCCCCAGAGGAAGCUGAACCGCUACCACCCCUCCUCUUCCUUCUCCUCUGCCUCCUCCCGUCCCCCUCCCUGUUCCUGCACCUCUGGCUGCCCCUCCCACGGCCUUACACCCCCUCACCACCACCACUCCCACACCCCUCCCUUCCCCUCCCACUCCCCGGCCAGGCGCUGCCUUACUCCAUGGGGGUCAACCCCUCUCCGCUCACACCAGUGCAGAGCAGAUCCCCAGCCUCUGAGUUCAAUCAGCUACCAGCCCAGCUCUCCCAAAUUAUCUACCCUCCCCAGCCCCACCCAGCCCCCAGGCAUGUACCAGUCCCUCCACCAACCGCAGCCCUCCAUGAUCCAUUCCUGCACGGCUGACCGCCCUCUCCAGCACCCACAACACAUGGACCCCCGUCGGGCCCCCCCGCUCCACCGGUCCCCUCACGGCCAGCCACCUGUCUCUGGGGGUCCCUACAGUGACCACAGCCACUCUCCUAAUCUGCCCCCUAUGGACCCUCAGUACCUGUGUAGCCCACAGAGCCUGGGGCCAUCUUAUGGGUCUGAGUAUGGGAGUCUGUCUGGGUCUGACUACCCAGACAGUACAGGUGGUCUGGGGUACGGGCAAACCCCUCGCAGGGUCCUCAUGGAUCCUGACACGGGGAAGUAUUUCUACAUUGAGGUGCCUGUGCAGCCACUGAGGAAGAUGCUGUUUGAUCCAGAGACGGGCCAGUACGUGGAGGUGCUCAUCCCUCAGAGUACCAUGUCUCACUCAGGCCUCUACCCUCCCUCGGCCGCCCCCUACUCCCCCGCCUCUGCGGCCCCCUUUUCCUCCAUCCACAACCCCAACAUGUACGCCCCCGCCCCCCAGUACCUCCCCUAUGGCCCCCCUCCACCUGCACCUCACCCCCAGCCCCAGCCACCCCGCCACCCAGAGGCUCCAGCCCAAGGGACGAUGCACCAGAAUGGGGCUCAGGUCGGCUACGGGAGCCCCGGGAGCCAGGGGUCCAAACCGGAGCCCCAGAGUCAUGCACCUCUGGACCAGAGCUACCUGGAUAACAUGUACUAUGUCCCUACGGGCAUGAACACUAGUCCCCCGGACUGCUACCACAAACAACCCUCCAGUCUGCCCAACGCGGGGGGGAAGAGGGCCUGAAAUAGUCGUCUUCCUGGUGCCAGUAGGGUCUCAGAAUACAGCCAGGCCAGGGUGUACACGAGGAGGUCUAAUGUUAGACUCAGGCCUUAUUGUUAACUUUGUUUCCCUGGCAACUGGACUGGAGAGAAUGAUUCUUUAGUUGUGGUUGUUUGUUGUUUUAUUGUUGUUGUUGUUUAUGUUCUUCACUGCUUUUUAUUAGUCUGAUUGCCUGAUUAUGUUUGAUUUUUAUGCAUUGAUUUGGUAAGAGAAAAAACAUGAUCAUGUUGAAGGUCCUUGAUGAUCUUUCUGGGAUUUCGACAAAACCAAACUGUGACAAUUUUCUACUGGUUACCUAACAGCCAAAAGGUGUGCCUCAUCCAUUCUCAUAGAUUGUUCAUUAAAUCUAAACAAACACUUACUGUUCGCAUUUACAUUACAUGUAGAAACAUGUUCCAACUGAUCAUGCACAUGCAUAAAUCUAAUAUUUGAAAUAAAUUCACAUUGUAUUAAUUCUAAUAUCUCCCAAAAACUUGAAACUGCAAUCUUGGGAAGAUCUCAUGAAUGUCAUGUUUCUCUCUGUUUAUUUCUGAAUGAGCAGAUGCAAUGACACCAAUAAAAAUGUGUAAAAUAUUGAAUGUAAUAAAACUACUGUAGAAUG